AUGGAGGCGGCGACGCAGCUUGCGUCCAUAGUCGGUGAGCUGGUGGGCAAGGAGUACCGGCAGCUCCGCGGCGUGGGUGGCCAGGUGGCUGAGCUCAGCGACGAGCUGGACACCAUGAACGCCAUCCUCCGCAUGCUGUCUGAUGCUGAGGAAGGUACCGUGGACCACUUCAUCCGGGUGUGGAUGAAGCAGGUGCGCGAGCUGGCCUACGAUGCGGAGGACUGCGUGCACCUCUACAUCCUCCGCAUUCGGUGCCGGCCGAAAGACCGGUUUCUCGUCUGGUCCAAGCGCAUGCUUUCGACGCUCUUCCCUCGCCGUAGACUAGCUCGUGAGAUUGAGGCGCUCCGCGCUCGUGCUGUGGUGAUCAGCGAACGGCAUGCGCGUUAUGGCGUCAGCCGUGAGGCAUUACUACGUGGCUCUACUUCUUCUUUACCUGCUCCAGCACCGGUUCCCGGCCAUGCGCUCGGCCGGUUGGCAGCGAACGGCCAUGACCAACUCGUCGGCAUCACGGACAAGGCUAACAAACUAGCAGAGAAGGUGGAGGAGGUGAGUGAGAAUGAGCAUGACAAGAAGCUCAAGGUGUUCUCCAUCGUGGGGUUCGGGGGGCUCGGAAAGACUACACUGGCGAUGGAGGUGUGCCGGAAGCUGGAGGGAUCGUUCCAACGCCAAGCGCUAGUUUCUGUGUCCCAGGCAUUCCACGGCAAUAAGGAUCUCGAGGGAUUGCUGAAGCGCAUGCUUCAGCAGAUCGUGGAGCUGAAACCAGAUAACGCAAAAGGCAUCAAGGAAGAGGACCCGCUAGAUGGGAUCAACGAGAUGGGUGUAGACCUGCUCACCAUCAAGCUCAACGAGCUUCUCAGGAACAUAAGAUACCUCAUUGUGGUGGAUGAUGUAUGGACAGUAGCAGCAUGGGACACAAUCGGAUCCAAGUUGCCCGACUACAACAAUGGCAGCAGGAUCAUUGUGACCACUCGGAUAGAGAUUGUGGCAAAUGCAUGCAGCGGUUCUAGUGUUGAUGGAGAUUGUAUUUAUAGGAUCAAGCCCCUUGAUACUGGCGACUCCAAGACAUUGUUCCUCAGCAGAGUACUUCGUUCCAGGAGUGACACUUUGCCCAAUAAUCUGAAAGCUGAAAUGAACAAAAUUUUGGAAAAAUGUGGUGGUCUGCCAAUGGCCAUUAUUAGCAUUGCCAGCAUCUUGGGGAGCUAUACAUCGUCCGAGAGCAAAGAUACAUGGGAAAGAGUUCGCAAGUCAAUCGGCUCUCAAAUGGAGAGCCACCCUACCCUUGAGGGGAUGAAGCAGAUUGUUACUCUCAGCUAUAACCACCUGCACUAUUAUCUCAAGGGUUGCAUGAUGUACGUCAGUAUUUUCCCAGAGGAUUAUGUCAUCGUCAAGAAUCGGCUCUUGAGGAGAUGGGUUGCAGAAGGAUUGGUAGCUGAGAUCCGGGGUUUGACCUUAAUGGAGGUUGCAGAAGCCUACUACAACGAAUUGGUGAGUAGGAGCAUGAUUGAUCGGGCUGGUGAUAUAGUCAACCAUUAUGAUGGAAGGUUGGAGACGUGCCGUGUACACGACAUGGUACUUGAGGUCAUGGUGUCCAAAUCCCUGGAGGCUAACUUUGUUAGCCUAGUAGGUGGCUCUUACGAAGGGAUGUCAUAUGGUAGCAUUCGCCGCUUGUCCAUCCAUGCUGGAGAAGAGGUAGUAUCCAUGGAAUCCACAUCCAACAAAAUUACAUCAUCGCAUGCUAUGAAGAAUGGCAUUGAGGGGAUGAAGAUGGAGCAUGUCCGAUCACUGAGCAUGUUUGACCUCAGAGAUCACAUGAAGGUGCUUGAUCGUCUCGGUGAGUUCAGCCUGCUAAGGGUACUUGACCUGGAAGACUGCAUGGGCAUAGAAAACAAGCAUUUGAGGCAUGUGUGCCGGAUGUACCUGCUAAGGUUCUUGAGCAUGAAAGGUACAAGUAUCGAUGAGAUGCCUCCUGAAGUUGGUGACCUGGAGAAUUUGGAGACGCUUGACGUACGUGAGACAAACCUUGAAGAUCUACCAGAAACUGUGUCAAAGCUAGAGAAACUUGAACACCUGCAAAUAAAUAACAAGGCUGACAAGUACUUAGGGUGUUGGAUUGCACGCAGGGGCUUGGGUAGGAUGAAGGCACUGCGGAUGGUGAAUACAGUAGUUUUUGGAUCUGAUGCUAAAGCUGCCAAAGAGCUCGGUGAACUACAGCAAAUGAGAGAGUUACGUAUAACCAUGGACACCCGGGAUCCCGAUGAUCCUCAUCAUGAGGAUGUUAGGGAAAAGCUAGCCAAGUCCCUGAGCAAGAUGUAUUCCCUCCGGUGGCUCAGCAUUGGCAGUAAAGGAUAUAAGGACAGUGAUGCGUUGAACUUUCUAGAUGGCAUCAACCCGCCGCCGCCACUCCUCGAGUAUCUUAGGAUCGGCGCCAGCAUUGACGAAUUGCCCACCUGGGUCAGCUCACUGAAUAAUCUUGUUGAGAUUGUCAUUGCUUGGACAUACUUGUUUGGUGCCCAACUGUUCGGCCCAGUAUGUGAGCUGCCAAAUCUGAAGCGCAUGCACUUGGAGAGGUACUCCUGCAGGGAUGCAGAGCUGAUUGCGGACACUGCCUACGCCUUUCCUGCUCUCAAGGACCUGUACGUGAACUUUUUAUAUGAAGAUAUAAAAGUUCUUCUAUUUCAGGAAGCAUCAAUGGCAAAGCUCGAGACACUCUCGGUGAGAUUCCCCACCGAUGUUUUUAAGGAAGUCGCUGGCAUGGAGCAUUUGAGAAGCCUUAAAGAAGUGCAGCUCAUUGGUAGGAAAGGCAACUCUUCACUGGGCUAUGCACUGGAUCAACUAAAGAAACUGAAUGAGAAGCGCCAAGAAUCCAAUAUGAUCAAGGUUGCAGUGAAAUACGAGCGAUCGCACCACCCUGCUACCUGCUUGUAUAUCGGUGGUCCGUUCUGUUCAUUAUUUUCUCGCAAGUGUUAUUUCUGCAGGUUUUUCUUCAAAUUUGUUUACUACUUUCCUGUAAGUUGUCGUUACCAACUGGUUGUUAUCCCUGCCGUCGUUGUGGUGUUUGCUUCUUUUCCUGUAAAGCUAGCUGGGGGGUCCUCGGCAGCUUAG